AGCGACACCAACUGUGAAAAUGGCCAUUGGAUUGGUUAGAAUUAGCCAAGGGAGUCAACCGUGAACAAUUUACAAUACUGACCUUGGUAAUCCUGCACUUACAGAUUGUUAAAUAUAUUGACAUCUGAAAACUAUGGGUGGCCACGACGAUACCGAAGCCGAAUGUAUUGAUGAGUCUCAAAGUAAAAAUAAGGGAAUUUCUUUCACAGAUCUAAAGGUCCAGAAUUUAGCACUUGGAUUUUUUAGCGCAAUCGACGGAACUGUAACUUCUUUCAGAGGUACGUUUCAGUUUCACGUUCCAAUUUUUGUUUCAACUUUAUUUGGGACAUUUAAGGACUAAGGAUAAAUUGUUUGGGUUUAUCUGGCCUAAAAGGAUACACUAUACACUCAUCUGUUAUAGUAGUAAUUCAAUAAACACAGCAUUCCAUUCUCAGUCAAAGACUAUGUAAACUCUGUAAUUAAAUUACACUCCUGGCGAAGCGUUUUUGACCAGGGCCAGGAGCACACACACUCCAAACUACCAACGAUUCACUUGCAAUUGCUAAAGGAAAGCGCCAAGGCUAAAGCAAGGAAAACAGAAUCGCCCCCAGUAGUGAGUACCACUCUAGACUAGGGUGACCAAUGUUCCGUAAUAACGGAAUUUUCCCGUUCUUUCACAAUUGUACCGGGUGUCCCGAAAAAGUAUUUCGGGAUGCCUAAACUAAACACAUUUAGUGACAUUUUCAAAUCACUAAAACUUCCUACUUUAAUAACUUCGUUUAUGAUAUACCUCAGAGUUUAAAUUAAAUUAGAAAAGUGAAGUUAAAUUUAAAAAGAUAUCUCGGUCUCAAAAUAGUUAAAAUGAGCAAAAUCUGAGCAUAUUUCAAUAAACAGUUUUCGGCGGAGGACCCUGGACCCCUCUUUAGCUGGAGGGUAUCCCCCCCCCCCCCAAGCCUCCUUGGGUGGGUCCCGUUUUCUCCAGUUCAUGAUUUGGUCACCCUACUCUAGCCUCUAGAACUCAAAAAAAUUUCAGUCCUGCAUUACGGAUAUAAAUUAAAAUUUAAAAAAUAUCCCGGUCUCAAAAAAGGUAAAAAUGGGAAAAACUGAGGAUAUUUUAAAAAACCGUUUUCGGGGGGGGGCCCUGGGCCCCUCUUUUGGUGGGGGGUAUCCCCCCCCCCCCCCAAGCCUCCUUGGGUGUGUCCCGUUUUCUCCAGUUCAUGAUUUGGUCACCCUACUCUAGACUCUAGAACUCAAAAACAUUUGCGUCCUGCAUUUAGGAUAGCUUUCCCAGCUUAAAUAGGAUUCACAUUCAAAUUGUGAGUCACAAAAUUACUCACCAUCAUCGUCGAUGCCAUCAAAUAUAUAUAUAAGAAAUAUAUAUAUUGUAUAAAGCUUUAGACUUAAGUCUAGUCCCUUAUGACCUCCUAUUGUAUAGUAUAAAACAUUAUUUUGGAAGAAACCAUGCAUAGUUGGCUUUUACCUAAUGUUCAUGCAUUAUCAUCAUGGUUUUGGUUGGGUAUAUCACUACCCAAGCUCUAACUUAGAUUACUUACCAUUUGGUUAUGAUAAUCAUGUCUGUGACACACAAAAAAACUCUUUGCAUAAAUUUCAUAGAAUCACCAGAACACAAAAUCUAAUACGUCACUGAUGAGGAAAGAAGUUAUUUAAUAAACUAAUGUUACCUAGAUGUUGUAUGCAAUUGCCAAAGAUACAGUGUAGCCAUUUUAUAGAACAUGUUUUUUCAUAAUUUUUGGACAUGUGCAGUAGAAUGUCCAGGGUGGUUUUGAGUUAUCUAUCUUAAUUAAUUUGAGCUAGAGUCUCAUUAAAUUUUCUUAAACAAUUAGCCGGGAGAGCAGUUAAAAAAACAAAAUUAUAAUGUGAACAUUUUGAAUUUCUGUUUCACAGAGAAAGUUGUACUUCCAUUACAGAGUAAAAACAAAGAAAAGUUUUACCAUAGACGCUUCAAUAGAGUUCCAACAGUGGAUCAGUGUGAUUAUGAGGAUCCAGUCUGUAUUUAUGAGGCUGAUGAACAAUUCUACAGGGACAAGUCAGUUCAUUUAAUUGUUUUUUUAAUUUUAUUUUUUUAAUUGCAUGUUUUAAUAGUUUGAGAAAUAAAGUACAAAUUAAUUAUCAUCAGUAAUUUAAUCCUUAUAAAAAAACAAAAUACCACCAAAUUUUUAAUAUGCAUUUAUGCAAUUUUUUCCCCACAUCAUUGUAAUGUUUUGCUCAAAAUGAACAACCAGUGUUUCCCAUAAUACGUUAAAUUUGGAUUCAUACAAGGAUUGGGCAAAUAUCAAUCAAUAAUUCUUUUGGUUUACAACAAAAAGUAUAUAUAGCAGAGUGCCCAUUUUCCACACUUAUUCACGCUGUUGGUGGUUUAGUUUAGGUAACUGAACUCUCCUAUGGGAAAGGUUCCUCAAUUAUAGAAGCUAGUGCAUAGAGUACUCCAGCAUGCUGCCAACACUAGAGAUGUUCCUGUAGCAGUCCAGAACAAAGUGUGCUGCCCAUCGUUGGACCUCCUCCAUCCUGUCAACGUUCUUCUUAUCAUUUGUCUCAUUGUGUGUUGUUUAGUUUAAGUUUUAUGAAUUAAUUUACAGGUCAUGCAUAACUCGAGAAACAACAGUAUUAUUGUAAAAAAAUUGUUGUCAAUCUUUGCGCAACACUGAAAAUUUGUGCUCAGAGACUAGAAAAAAAUUGUAGGAAACAUUGGUGAGAACUUGACCUUUUUUCUGUGAAAAGUUGUGUCCAAGAAAUGGAUAACUGGCCCUUUUAGAGUAAAAUUGGAGGUUGCUGGUUCUUUUCAUAUAUUAUGUAAUACAUAUUAAUUAAUAGGUUUUACGAUGGCAUUAUUCAAUUCUGAUCAUGGCACGUUCUGUACGUCUUUAGAUUACCUCAAUUAUGUGACAGGGGUUGAAAUUGGAUGCUCGUACACCUUUGUGCCAUGCCAGAUGAAUUUUGUACAAAAAAAUAAAAAUAAAGAUUUGGGCCAUUUGAAUAAUUAAUUUGUAAAAAAUCGAUGCUGUACUUGAUCCGUUUUAGUUUUUUCCCAUAUUUAACUUCUUAAAACCAACUUUAUUCCACAGGCUUGUUGACAGUAACAUAGUGAAAAUUCUUAGACAGAGGAAAAUUGAAUGCAUGGCAUGGGAGGGUCCUGACUCCCGAUACAAAUGCAAGAAAAUUGAAGACGAGUAUGAGAAUGCUGCUACAAACUGGUUUAUUAAGUGUACGUUCAUGCAUUCAUUAGUCACGUCUUUAUACAUAAUAUAAAUGUUUUGUUGCAUCCUUUUUUCAUGUUUUCCCAUAUGUUUCACUGUUUCCUGUUACUGUGAAUCAAUUAGAAACAUAUCUCCUAUUACUAAAAUUGAGGUUUAACGCUUAGUAUAAUUUUGCUGACUAACACAAUUCUUAAAAUUUUAACAUCGAGUAUCUAUGGAUCAUUUUUAAAUCCUUUAUAUUAACUUCAAUUUUGUUUGUGGCUGGCCAGCAAAAUCUUCGGAUGACUAAUUGAUCCACUUCCCAUCAAUCUAUUGAGCUGAAACUUGGCACUCACUCCAGAUUGCAACACAUUCUUUCAAAUUUUCAGCCCCAACCCCAACCACCAAAAAUGAGUUUUUCCUGUUUUUCAAAUAGAAGAUGAAGGAAAUACCUCACCUUGGAUUUCAUGAAUUAUAAUUCCUGAUAACUGCGCUAAAUGGGAUUCUUUAAAAAACAAUAUCGCAGGUGCAUUGGUGUUUAAUAUUUUGCGAUAAAAUUCCUGACAACUGCAAUAAAUGAGAUUCUUUAAAAAGCAAAAUUGCAGGUGCGUUUGGUGUGUUAAUAUUUUCUUUAGUUUUUCUGAAAUAGUUGUGAAAUAAAUCUGCAGCGUAAAAGUGGAUGGGUCAUUGGUUUUAGAAUAUUAAUAUAGUUCCAUUGGCUCCAUAUUACAUUUUAUAAAGGAUUUAUACCAAAAACUUAAUUAUUAUAGUUGAAAUUGAUAUUAUUGACUUUUACUAAAACACUUAGAUAAAAAUGGCUUUACAAACAGCCUACACACAAGUUUGGUUAAAUACGAAGGGAUUUAAAAUUAAUCAUAUUUUCAGACCAUCUUCAUAAGUUUUGAUUGAAAGGUUUAGAGUUGUUGAGACAAAGAAUAUUGCUAGUCACUUCUUCAAAGUUGACAUUAUUUCUCUCAGUUAAUAAGUUUCAUGUAAAAUUAGGACUAGGACACGACAACAUAAUCUCGUGGUCCAGAAGGCCAAUUAUUGGCGUCAAUCAUCCUUUUUAACUAACACUGCCUUCUGCUCCUAGUCAACGGAUUCAGUUAACAGUAAAAUUUUAUAAUCUGUUGAUUUAAUUAUUAAAUAUUAUUAAUAGGUCAUCCUUAAAUUAUAGCUCUUAAUGAGAAGAGGAUAUGGCCAGUUGAUUGCAACAAUGUUGUGGUGGUAGGCUGAUACACAUUUCCUUUUUUGCAAGCAAAAUUGGAAGUCCUACAUUCAUAUAACAUUUAUUUUUGAUCUACUCUUUGCAAUGUUUUAGUUUUAAUUGAAAGUAUCAGUUUGGAUAAAUAUGAAAAUGAGAAUAGUUGCAGAAGCAUAAAUAGGAAAUGCUGCUGCAAUUAUUUCUCUAUUUCCCUGACUUCACUGUCCUGAGAAGUCAGGGAUUUCGGCAGCAUGUAUGGCAAAGGUAAAUUUUUGUCGCACCUUACGUGCUAAUAGAUUACCUAAAUUUGUCAACCAAUAUAUUAUUUUGUGUUAUUAUAGAUGGGGAUAUGAGAAUCACAAAGGGAACUAACCAAUAUUUUACUGUGGUGUUGUUACAGAUGGAGAAAUGAGAGCCACACAGGGAGCUAUUGAGGCCUACAUGAAGCAGAAGCACAGACUAAUCUGGGAGAGAAGGAACCCUGACAAAAAACUGCAUUAAAGUUAUCAGCAAAUAAAUGUUGGCCUGUGUGUACAAAGUUUAUUAGUUUAUUUCAAAAGUGGAGGUUCAGCUACAGGCUCAACUAAAAAUCAUAGGAAUAAACUAGAGUGUCUGAAAUGUUAGAUAAGAUGUAUAGAUAGCUGUGAUGUUUAUAAGAUAACACUGAAAUUAUUAUAUUUUGAAAUCUUUGAAUAACUUAUUUGAAUGUAGCAUACUUCUUUUUCUGGAUCUAAUUAUUAUGCUGUUUUAGCAAAUUUAUAAAGUGGAAAAAUUCUAUGGGUUCAAAGAUGUUGUAACAAAUAUUUGAUCUGGUUACACUUAUGCUAUCCACGCUUUAAAUCAGAUUGCUAAAUAGCAAAAAUUAAACAUUUUUGUAUUUAAAUUUCCCUCAAUAACAAGGAAUAAAUAUUUUUGAAAGGAAAA